AUGAGGAUUGAAAAUGGCCUUGGUGAUUCAGACGGCGCGGACGUCACGGGGGUCAAGGUGGCGCCGGCGGCGGCGGCUCCGUGGAGCAACAGCGACAUCUGCCCGCGCCCGGCCGGGACCUGCGCGGCCGCACAGCGCCCAAAACCGGCAAAAAAACCCCGCAAAAAACCGGCAAAAUACCGGCAGAAAACCCGGCAGAAAACCGGCAAAAACCCCGCAAAAAACCGGCAAAAAACCGGCAAAAUACCGGCAGAAAACCCGGCAGAAAACCGGCAAAAAAACCGGCAAAAAAACCCCGCAAAAAACCGGCAAAAUACCGGCAAAAAACCCGGCAGAAAACCGGCAAAAAAACCGGCAAAAAAAACCCGCAAAAAAACCGGCAAAAUACCAGUAAAAUACCCGGCAGAAAACCGGCAAAAACCGGCAAAAACCCCGCAAAAAACCGGCAAAAUACCGGCAAAAAACCCGGCAGAAAACCGGCAAAAAAACCCCGCAAAAAACCGGCAAAAUACCGGUAAAAUACCCGGCAAAAAAACCGGCAAAAAACCGGUAAAAUACCGGUAA